UCGUUGUCUUUCUUUGAAAUACGGCCGCAGGGUAAUAGCUUAACAGAUUUGGUUAAAAUUUCAAAUUGAUUUAAUUGUGAAAUUCUAAUUACACACAAUCGGUUUGCGAAGCUAUGGAGAAGUGGUUAAGGGAAGGACUAUUGCAUUGCCUGGGUUUUCAAGUGCCUGAUGAUAUGAUUAAAUAUAUAAUGGCCAUGAAAUCCUCGGAGGAGUUUGAUGAAUACUUUGAAACAUUACUUAGCAAAGAAUGUGAGCAACAUCGUUUGUUUUUGGCUGAUUGCAAAAAGCGUUUAUUCAGUAAAACUUUGCCGAACAAAAAAAUACUGCAGCAACAGCAAAGCAAUUCAAAAAAAUCUCAAAAUUCAGGCGCAUCAUUGUUUAAACAAAAUAGCUCGGCGAUGGUAAAGCAUGGAGUUAAUAGUUCACAGCAGCAUCAAGGAGCUAAAAAGAAGGCAAAAUUUGUCAAUCUAUAUACCAAUGAUGGUAGCGUUGCUCCUGAAACCAUUAUGUUAAAGGGGCGUCGUUCAUGCAAAUGUCAAGCAUCCCAGCAUAAACUAAUUAAUAAUUGCUCGAGUUGCGGUCGCAUAGUAUGCGAACAAGAAGGUAGCGGUCCCUGCUUAUUUUGCAAUGAGCUAGUAUGCACCAAUGAGGAAUUGCAGAUCUUGAAGGGCUCAGGUAAAAAGAGCGAAAAUCUUUUAAAAUCUUUAAAAGAAAAGGGAGGUGGCGAAUCUCUGAAACAAGCUUUAGAGCAACGAGAUCGUCUUCUAGAGUACGAUCGUAAUAGUGAGAAACGUACCACGGUUAUCGAUGACGAACUUGAUUAUUUCGAGGAGAAUUCGGUGUGGCAUUCGGAUGAGCAACGAGCUCAUUUUGAACGACUUAAGAAGGAAAUGCAUGAACGUAAACAUAGCAGUCGCAUUAAUCGUGUAAUUAAAGUCGAUUUUGCAGGACGGGCAGUAGACGACGAAACAACUAUUACAGAGGAGUAUGAGCGUGCAAUGUUAGACGAAGUUGCCCAAAUAAAUGCUGAAACACCUUAUGUAAAUAAUUGGCAUAACAAAGAAAAUAUAAGGCGAAGUUUGGAUAAUUCCGGUAGUUCCGAUCCCAAAUUAGAAUUUGUCAGGCCAAUUUAUAAACCCCCACAGGACGAGAAAAUGCAAACUAAUAAUAAUAUUUUAAAUGGUAUAUAUUUAAACGAUGGCUUGGAAAGAAAUUAUAAUCGUGUGCAAGAUAAGGAACUGCUAGAAAUGCAAGAUAUGCGUCUGUGUUUAUCCCUCCAUCAGCCCUGGGCCUCUCUCUUAGUAGGAGGAAUUAAAAAGCACGAAGGACGCACCUGGUAUAGUGAACAUCGCGGUCGUUUAUGGAUAGCUUCCACUGCAAAAGAGCCGCGCCCUGAAGAAAUCAACGAUGUGGAGAAUUUCUAUAAACGAUAUUAUAAUGGACGGCAACUUAAAUUCCCGGAACAUUAUCCCACCGGUUGCUUGUUGGGUUGUGUUAAAAUUGACGAUUGUUUACCGCAAGAAGAAUAUCGCGAGUUCUACCCCAACGGGGAAUUGGAAUCGCCUUAUGUCUUCAUAUGUUCGCAUCCUGAACAAUUGCCGGUGGUGUUUCCCAUUAAGGGCCAGUAUAAAAUUUACGAAAUUGAUGCCAAAAUACAUAACGCCGCCUGCAAAACUUUGAUGCGUACAAAAGCCAAUUUAACAAAGAUUAACAAAGAGUAAAUUAUUGUGCGGUGGAUUUAA